AUGCAGUCUAAUCAAACUCUUAACGAUUUUCCAAAAAUUAGUUUAAACCUUAAAAAUUCGGCAUUAAGUGCUGUUAAGGCGUUGCAUGUUGUCGCGUACGGGGAUAAAGGGUUGCCGCGACAAACAAGGAAGAACUUGCGGAAUUUCACAAAAUUUUCGUGGGAUAAAGAAUCCGAGGAAUAUUCCACAAAAAUAGAAGACGUGAAAAACAAACUAAGUAUGCCGGACUUAGUAGCAGUUUGCAGUGUUUUAGAUCUGAACUACACUGGUUCAGAAGACGACGUGAUUGAACGUAUUUGUUCAUUUUUGAACGACUUCAAUCUUGAAGACGAGAAUGACGAUGAAGACGAAGACGCUAGCGAUGAUGACGGUGAUAAAGACGUUUAUUACAAGGAAAACGGUAAAGACGUUACCGAAGACGAUCGCUAUAAUGAAGAUAACGACGCAAAUAGUGAUAAAGACGCUUAUCACGAGGAAGAAGGUAAAGACGUUACCGACGACGAUAAUAAUGAUGACGAUAUGGAUGAUGAAAGGACGACGGAUUUAUUUACGAGGAAUAGAUCAAAAUCAAACAAAAUGACGAGAGGUAGAUUGAAUGAUUCAUUUGCCUUAACUUUUAGAGACGUAGAGGAUAGUAUAAGAAAUUUCGACGGAAAAGACGAUUAUCCUAUAGGAAAAUGGAUCACUGAUUUUGAAGAAAUUUCCAAUCUGAUGGGAUGGAAUGAUUUGCAAAUGCUAAUUUUUGCUAAACGAUCUCUAAAAGGAAUAGCUAAACUGUAUAUACAGUCAGAGAAAGGAGUUAAUAGCUGGAAGCUCCUGAAGAAGAGACUGACAGCAGAGUUUGAGAACAAAAUAAGUAGUGCUGAAAUUCACAGAAUGCUGAUGAAUCGAAAGAAGAAACAAGGUGAAAGCGUACAGGAGUAUGUACUAAGAAUGAGAGAAAUCGGUAGCAGAGGAAACAUCGAAAAUGAAGUCAUAAUGCAGUAUAUAAUUGAGGGAAUUAUGGACGACCCUGCUAAUAAAGUAAUACUUUAUGGUGCCAAAAAUUUCAAUGACUUUAAAGAGAAGAUUAAACUGUACGAAUUGAUUAAAAAACAGACGACGCAAAAAUCAGUUAAAACCGAGACGCAUAAAAAGACGUGGACGAACGAGGAAGUAAGACGAGAUGAAAGAAGGGCGCCUCAAAGUAGGAAUAAAAAUGUUUCAAUUGUGGAAUUGAGGGACACAGAUCGACGGAUUGUCCUGACAAAGCCAAGGGAGUAA